AUGAAGCCUCCCGUUAGAGAAGCUUCUUUGGUGGCAACGUUGGCCUUUUCGGCGGUAGGGCUCGUGGCGACCACCACGUCGGGUACCGGCGGUGCUUUCGUCUCUUCUCCGACCUGCUACACCAGCCGCAGGAGCAGCGGCAGCCGCGCAGCAGCAACAAGGCCAUCAUGUUGCCUGCCGAGUGGCAGCCGGAGCAUGGGAACGGGAAUCACCAACGGCGUUCGAUCAAGACAUGGUAGCAGCAGUAGCGGCAGCAGCAGCAGCACCGUCGGCCACCCGUCCUCUCGAACCCCGACGGCAUUGAUGGGGCUCCGGCGGAGGCGGGGGGAUGGGCGGCGCGAUGACAGCAGCAGCAGCGGCGGGGACACCGAAAACGCCCUGCGGAGAACUCCGGGGACCGGGGACGGGGGCGAAGAGGCUCAGAGCGGCGGGAACGAGGGGGCCCCGGGUCUCACAGGAGGGGGGAGGGACGUGCGUGGCCGAGGAGAGGUCGUCGGAGGAGCGGCAAGGCGGAAGGAGAAGAAGGAGGCAGAGGGGUCCGCCCCGUUCAUCGAGAACGAUUCCGCGACCUUGGAAAGCGGCGAGAACAGCACGGACGUGAUAGAAGUGGGCGGCGGGAGUUCCGCUGGUGGCGGCGGGAGCGGGGGCGGGGACAAGGGGCCUUAUUCCGCAGCGGCGGCGGCGGAGGCGGCGAGGAGGCGCAUCAAGCGCGCGCGCGUGGCCUUGGAGGAUGCCCUCGACGAGCUGGGGCUCGGCGGCUGGCCGGCGUACAUGGACUUGGAUUUCGGGCCCCCUGAUGGUGGUGGUUCAAAGGAGGAGGCGGAGGAGGUGGAGGAGGUGGAGGAGGUGGUCGGAAAGGAGGGGCGGGGUUCGGGGUGGCUGAGCCAAUGGAGAAAGCGCGGCGGUGGCGCCCCCGCCACCCCCGACGAGAUGUUGGACCUGUUAGAGGAAGCGGUGGAGGAAGGGUUCGAAGCGGUAGGGGAAGCCGUCGAGGAGGGGUUUGAGGCAGUGGGGGAGAGCGUGCUUGCGCUGGACGACCGGGUGGAGAGGGCCAGGGCGUCCGUUGAAGCGGCGCUGAACGAGCUGGGGCUAACCGUCCCUUCCGAGUCGACUCCUGGGGGGCAGAAGCAGCAGGGGAGCAGCAGCGACCAGCAGCGGCAACCAGGGGGCGACGCGGAAGAGGAGGAGACUAUCGAGGGGGGGGGCGAUCCGGGAACAAACCCAGGGGAUACGACGGGAGGCAAGAGACCGCGGUGGUGGAUACCGGAGAAGCUGCGACCCUCCCCGGUAGCGAUGGACGAGGAUGCUGCUUCCCUUUCCACGCCCCCUGACAACCAGCAGCAGCAGCAGCAGCAGCAGCAGAGGGAGAAGGCGGCCUUCUUCCGACGCUCGCUCCCGCUCCCGUCGAUCCAGUCCCAGAGGGCGGUGGCCGAAACAGCCGUGAGGAGAGCCAAGGCGGCGCAGAGGGCGGUGGCGAAGAGGACGGUCAAGAGGGCCAAGGUAGCGCUGGGCACCGCCUUCGACGACCUGGGCCUCACGCGGCCACCGGUCGGGUCUACUCUGGAACGUUUUCUCCACGCGGACGAGGUUCUCGGCCUCUGGCGACAGGAGGAGGCUUUGGAGGACCAGAUGCAGGACGGGGACGAUGUCCUGCCGGGAACGGACAUCGGCAUCCCGGAGAGGCGAAUCUGGGUGGUCACCACGGCGGCGUUGCCCUGGAUGACGGGCACCUCCGUCAACCCGCUCUUGAGGGCGGCCUACCUUACCAGGGGGCGCGACCCGGGCAAGGUGAGUCUGAUGAUUCCGUGGCUGGGUCCCGAAGACCAGCACUUCGUUCUCCCCGACGGGCACAGGUACGAGAGGAAGGAGGACCAGGAGGCGUUCAUCAGGGGCUGGCUGAAGGGUGCGGGGAUGACGAGCGAGGCCGACGACCUUCGGAUCACUUGGUAUGACGCCAGAUAUCACCAGGUGGCCGGGUGCAUCUUCCCCAUGGGAGACAUUCCCCGCCUCAUCCCCGACGACGAGGCGGACGUGUGCAUCAUGGAGGAACCCGAGCACCUCAACUGGUUCAGGGCCACAGGCGUCAACUGGAGCAAGAAGUUCACCCACGUGGUGGGCGUGAUCCACACGAACUACGUCCACUACACCCUGGCGGAUACGAACCACUGGGCCUCCGGCAGGGUGAAAGCGCCCUUCGCCCGCGCCUUCAACAAGAUCAUGGCUCGCGCCUACUGCGACAAGGUGAUCAAGCUCUCUGCGACCCUCCAGAAGUUCGCGGAGGAGAAGGAGACGGUUACCAACGUGCACGGGGUCCGCGAGAACUUUCUCCUCGUCGGGGACGACCGGGCGAAGGCGGCGGCUCGAGGGGAGCCGUUCGCCGCCGGUAAUAGGCCAUAUUUCCUCGGAAAGAUGCUGUGGGAGAAGGGGUACGGCAAGCUCUGGGACCUGCUGGAGGGCUACCAAGCCGCUCAAAACCAGCACGGCGGCGAGGAGGGAAGAGAAGCAUCAUCUCCCGCGGCCGUAGCCGAAAAGAAGGCGGCUGCUGCCGGGGACCACCAGGCUCACGCGACCCCAGCUGGCGACAAGGUAGAUGCAGGCGGCGAUGGCGGUGGUAUCAUUCUCAGCGCGUACGGCUCCGGUCCCGACAGCGACCCGAUCCGAGAGAGGGCAAGGGUCAUGGGCCUCUCGGUGGAGUUCAACCCGGCCACCGACCACGCGGAGCUGUCCCAGUACAAGACCUUCGUCAACCCUAGCGAGAGCGAGGUGCUGUGCACGACGGUGGCGGAGGCGCUGGCGAUGGGCAAGUUCGUGGUGAUCGCGGAGCACGCCUCCAACGAGUUCUUUUACCAGUUCCCGAACACGCUCAAGUUCAAGAGCCAGGAGGAGUUCAACGAGCAGCUGAACUACUCGAUGGCGAACGAACCCGUGCCCCUGACGCCGGAACACCGGCACAUCCUGGGGUGGUCGGCGGCGACGGACCGGCUCAUAGAAAGCGCCAAGGUUACGGUCAGGGAAUCGCUACGUCGACGGCGAGAGCUAGACGAGGCGGCGUGGCUAUUCCACUACUACCUCGGGUCCGGGAGGAGAGGGGACCGCGUCCGCAAGAUCAUGGCAGGCGGGGUCGUUGCCGGGCAGCACGCACACAUGGAGCUGGUUCUUAAGGCCGAGAACGAGGCGUUGGAGCUAGCCAAGGUGGCGGCUGGGGCGGAAGGGGGAGGGCACGAGGCGGCGCAGACUGGAGCGUGAAAUGCAUUACCCCCGUGACCCACGCUCCCCCCCCCAGCCGGAAACGCAACAGACGAGCUGGUUUAACCGGACAUCUGAAUCGCGAGAUUGAAGAUACAGACGUAGACACCGGCACCACUUGUGAAAGACGGACCUGUUCCAGGACGGCGGGCCCGCCGGCUGACUUGCCUUGUUGCAUAGACUUUUUUUUUUUUUCCAACAAGAAGGGGGUGUUGCGGUGGGAGGGCCAGAUUGGAGCUGAGGAGCAUGAAUUGUAUUUGCUGGACAGCCUGAAUGAUACUCUGAAUCUUUGAAUGGAAACACGGCUGUGACUUUGCGCGUCCAUGGGAUGACGGAAAGUAUAGUAUAACCACCGCGUUGGUGUAGUAGAAUUAAUGGAUUCGGCGUCUGGUUUAUGCCUCGGGUACAGCGAAGGACCAACCUGAUUUUUUUUCUGUGUGAUCGUUUAGAAGAGCAUGAUGUGGGCGUUGACAAGCCGCGGGGCGAAUGGCGCGCGGCGAUUGGCGUUCGAUUUUGACAGUGUUUGUGUGGCUCAGGCGACGGUGGAUUUGUUUCUGGUAGAGUUGAGAUAGCGGGUGAAGCUGACCGGCGCAGCCCUGCUUCAAGGCGGGAACGUGAAGCUGUUCCAUCCCCGAGUGCGCGGAAAAUUUGUGUCGCGGCGUGCCGCUCGUGCGAUACAACGAGUGAACGUGCUACCGUUGUGUGCUAGGGAUGACUUGUGCAUCAGCUUGAUUCAAGUUUGCGCUACGCACUUUUGCCGGUAUCUCAACAAGAAGACUCGUGUCACAGGAGGCCUUUCAUCAACUCCAGUGCAUUUUGUGGCUUUGUGCUUGUUUUGUGCAGCCUUUCCUGACCCGUGAAAUAGACAUGCACCUGGCUGCAAUACGUCUACAGGCACUCUUGCGCAAGGGAUUGAGUCGAGGUGCGUGUACCCUAUGCACAGAAGGGCACCUCUUUGUAGAGGCUGCGGGACAGAUGUUUGGUUCUAUUCGCCGUCUUUUACGCGUACAUUCGUCUAGAAACAGGCCUAAUCGUACAACGUGCGCCAAGACUUCGAAGAUCGUCU